UACAGGGCAGCAUGUCAUGUCAUCACUUCACUACAACACUAUGUACAUAGGUAUCUGUAUUUAAAUAAGUAUCUCAAGCAAGCUAACAUUUUUGUUUCCACGUCGAGAAUAAUUUGUAGCAUGGUGUUAAUUUAUCAGAUAAGGACUCGCAACAGAAGUGGCUAGGAAGCAAAUCAAAAUGAAUUCGAACUAUAACAGCGCUAGUCCCCACACCUCCCAUCUAUUUCCUGAGAUCUUGGCAAAAAUUGUGACCUUCCUCCCCAACUCGGACCUCAUCUCGUGCACGUUAAUCAACACCACGUGGGAACAAGAAGCCCGGAAACGUCUCCUCGUCGUCCGCCCGCGUAUUCUGACGCCAAAGAAUUUUACCAAGUACGAAGAAGUUUUUACCAAGAGAGAAAACUGUCACAGAAAUAUUGAGCUGUAUGACUUCAAAAAUCUCACUUUCCAGGGUCCCUUAGCAUCCUUAAUUUUCAACCAUGGCCACAAAGUAAGAACCUUGCAGAUAGAUUUUACCCUGCCGAACGACAAGUGGCUUCAAUAUUUAGAAUCUGUCGCAAUUGAAUUUCCCACGCUGAAUUCUCUCAAAUUAAAUGUAUCUCUGACCAAAGAGGAUAAUUCAAAUCAAGGAAGUUCAUUUUAUGAAUCGAACUUCCCGCCAAAGCCAUAUUCCUUCGCGAAACUUAAGAAACUAGAAAUCAGCUCGUUCCAAGAGAAAGAAGUCAAGGCAAUAUUGAUCUCCAUGAUGCCCCAAUUGAUCCCGCUAUUUCCAAAUGUUGUGGCCCUCUCGUUUAUGAGAAUUUAUGACGCAACCUUUCUAAAUUUAGCGGGAACCUUGAAAUCUUUGAAAUUGAUCAAUGUUGACCUAUUAACCGUUCCCGUGCAAAAAAGCCUGACAAAUCUGACCCGUCUAGAAUUAGGGCAUGAUUGGGGCGGGCCACCGGGAAGUUCUGCACUACUAAAAAUUGCCGCAUGUACGAUACAACAUGUAAAACUCUUCCCAAUGGAAAAUAUGGAACGGUUCUUCGUUCUACCCGAUUCUUUCCCCGGAUAUACCAUAGUUUUUCCGAUAAUGGAAAAAUUAAAGGAUAUUGAACUAGUUCAAAAUCGGACGAAAACUAGGUUCCAAACUUCUCAUGUGACACCAUGCAUUGAUUUGAAAUUUGAGGGGGCUGAUAGCUUUAGGCGGUUGGAUUAUGAGGUUCAGUUCCCCGUUUUGGAAAUGAUCAAGAUUUCACGGGACCUUGGUGGGUAUUAUAACCUCGAAGGUAGAUUGACCGAGCAGGAAUAUUUCGAAACGAGCGCGUCCUUUUUGUAUAAAUCGUUCCUGCACGAGAGUAAUUCGAGGGGGGAGAGUGUGAAAUACUUUGAUGUCGCACUUCCCCCCGGGGACAAGUUUAAAUUGAUGAGAAUAGAGGAGUGUGUGGGAAAGUGUGGGAAGCGAUUCGGUCACUGUGAGUGUUUCGAGUGGAAGGAUUCCACCCAAUUUUGGGACAGGGUGUUGGCCGUGUUUCCUAAUUUGGUGAAAUAUGCGAUUAUGGAGGAAGCCCGGGAGAGGGUGAGGUCGGCAGAGGUGAAACAGUGGGUCAAGCUAGGGGAGAAGUUGGGUUUUGUGAAGACGGUUAAAGGUGAGGAGGAAGAAGCAAGGGCAGAUUUGAGUUUAGGGUAUAAAGUAUUUCUCGAAGUGGUAGAAAGCGUUAAAUUGUUUAAGAAGUAAACUAUGGUAUACGUACAUAUUUGUAAUUAGCCUAAUCCUUAGGAACGUUUAAAAAUACCUUAGGAACGUUAAAAAAUUACUUGUCAACCUAAAAAAACUACUUAGCAAUCUAACAAAACUUUGCCAUGUAAAAUUAAUUAUUUAGCAAAGUUAAACAAAUUCUUAGCAACAUUAAAAAAUUCCUUAAUAACCCCAGAAAAUGGCUUUGCAAAGUUAAAGAAAUUCCUUAGCAACGAUAAAACAGUUACUUGAUAACUAUAAAAUAUUCCUUAAUGAAUUCAUAAUUCCAUAAUCAAUAUCUAAAGCAAGGCUAAUAAGAUUGUUACUACUCAUUACUGAACUAUACUUGCUAUUAGUUUACUCUGGAAUGAUAAUUUCCAUCGAAAUUAGUAAAUAUUUAGUUAUGCGCUUGUUCAGUUUAAUAAUCUUGACAUGUUCGUGUAAAUAUUAUUUGUAUGUGUCUUGCCCGUCUUUGAGACGGGCUUAUAUGCUAGUUUUAUAAUAAAAUGAAGUGACAAAUUUUCUUCAAAUUAAUUAAUCAAGUUUUUCAAAUUUAAGUUUACUAAUUUGGUCGUUAUACUAAAUAUGUAAAUACAUGCAUAUUUAUUUUCCUUUUCAUGAAACCCUCCUUUAUGCAAAUAAGCAUACGUUCUCCUACAUGUUUUGAAAAUUACCACAAUAAAUGUAAUAAAAUGUUAUGUAUAAACCAUUAUUUUUUUAUAAAUUUCGCAAUCAUAGAAAUAAAUCGCAAGGCAGAAAAACGUCUCCUCAUGCAAAGUUAAACCCCUUGUACCCCUCGGCCUUGCAGUCCUCCAAGGCUUUCAAGUAGACGGGAAUACCCCCCGCAAAAUUCAACGGUUCCUUCUUCUUCCCCGGAAUAUUGGCACCUUGAUACCACGAUUCUGCUUUGAAAAAAAGGCUACUGUCCCAAAUCUGCUUAACUUGUCCGACCCAAACGUCCUCAGCUUCCUUAUCUGCUUCCACCCUCGUCUUCCCACCCGCCUUCA